AUGUCGAUACGUCGGUCAACGAGGAUUCAAGAAAAAUCGUAUCACGAUGAUGAAGAAUGUGAAGAGGGUGCUUCCCCUACCGCGGUUGUAGCCGAUGAAGCAACCUACUUAUCAGAAGACGAAGAAGGCGAAGAAGACGAGUCAAUAGAAUUGGGUGAAGAUGAUGAAGAUUACGAAGAGAGUCUUGUGGGUAGCGGGAAACGAAAGCGUGCCAAUAAGCCAACAUCAAGCAAAAAGUUGCGCGUUAAGGAAAGCAGGCUGCCAACGGGAGCUCAUCGGGCGUCUAAGCAGGCCAGAGAAAAGUAUAUUGGGCUUUUACAGGAUUUCAAACCCUGUUUUUUAUUUGACGUUAUCGCAAACUCCGGCGACGUCUCCAUAGAAGAGGUUGCCAACAACUGGCUUGACAAAUAUGCUGAAAACCGGGAUGCAGCUGUGCAGGAAUUUGUGAACUUGCUUUUAGGUUGUUGCGGAGCUCUCUUAAAAGUAGAAGAGCACGAUGUGGCAAACAAUGAGUCCUGCAGUGAUACAAUGGAUGAGGUGCGGUUGCAAUUUCAAAAACAAGAGAUUCACGAAUUUUAUCUGCUAGAAAGCAAAAAUCAUCCCAAAAAAGCUCGCUACGAGUUUCUUUGUGAAAACUUCAUGUCACUUACUUCGAAUCUUAUGACAAUCGCUAACGAGCGCGGGAUGCUCUACGAUGAAUCCACCGAGGGUGAAAAUGCUCAAAAAAGUGUCUUGAUCAUGGAUAUUCUAACAUGGCUUUCAGCAAUGUCUGUCUCUAAAAUCAGGUGCUUGAGAUACGUGGCUAUACUUGCCUUGUACUCGGCUCAGGACGCCCUUACCGCCCUCAUCGUGGACUUGGAAAAUAACUAUUUGGUGAACCUUCGCAGGCAGCUGGGUAUGGAGGAAAAGAAGAAAAGAAGUAAUCAGAAAACCAUGGAAAGACUUAAAAGAAGCAUAACAGAACUUCAAGACUCCAAGACAGUGAUGGAAGCUUUAGUUGACGACUUGAUUAAGCUUUCAUUCAUGCAUAGAUUUAAAGACGUUGACGAGCUCAUUAGGGCGGAGUCAAUGAUUCAUCUUGCUAAAUGGUUAGAAAAUUAUCCCGAGUUUUUCUUCAAGGUGAGCUAUCUCAAGUAUUUUGGCUGGCUAUUGUCUGAUUCUUCAUCUAACGUAAGAUCAAAUGUUCUCAAAAUGUUGUUACAAAUUGUCAAAUUUAGCAAUAAGCGGAGUCGAAAUACAGUCGGAAAUACAGCCCUGCGUCAAUUUUUCGAAAGGUUUAAAGAGCGUCUUUUGGAUAUAGCGGAGAGAGACGUGGAGUAUCAAGUUCGUCUAUUAGCAGUUCAACUACUUUCUCACUUCAACGCUUUUGGAUAUCUUGAGGACGAAGAAGUUCUGCAAAUUUCCAGUCUACUGUUUGAGGAAGAGAAGAGAAACGUCUCCUCUUCAGCCAAAAACGUCAAAUUUCUCAACGGCGUCGCGAAGUUUUUCUCCAAUGUUGAAGAAGAGAGAUGUGAAAGAUUCAAAGAACAAAGCUCGCUGGUGCCUAAUAGCCAGCUUGAUAUCGAAAAGGUGGUAGAAGUGGGUAUUUUUAUUCAGUUUUUGAUAACGUCAUUAACCAUACACCUUACUUCGCUUAAGGAAGAGGCUAGCCCCGAUCAACAGACAGAGUACCUUUUCCAGGCAAGUGAAUUUUUGCAACCUCAUUUCGGCCACUUAAUGGAGCCCCUGUGUGACCUUCUCACAUUCGAUGAUACCUUUCAGUCUCUGCAUUUGGAACAAGAGAAACAAAGCAUGCUGCUUUUGCCAGAUUCGGAAGACAACAUUGCAAAAUAUGUCGUGGUCCUCAAUGGCCUAUGUCACGGUGGUGUGAAUGCCAGCAAGUCGGCCAAUAAGGCCCAAGCUGUAUCUUCAAUUUUACCAAAAUUGCAAGGGCUGUUUGCGAAACUUCCCCUGUAUUCGGAAGUUAUACUUUCGCAACUAUUGCGCCUGUUUGAACUCUUUGACUUCGAAGACUGGGCCGAGGUAAAUCAGGAAAAGUCAUUUUCCAAGAUCGCCGCAACCGUCGUCAGGUGUUUUUCUAAAGCCGAGAUAUCUAACGCACCAGAGGAUACCACCUGGCAAAUAUACUCGAAAGUUUUAGACUUUUGCAACAAAGUGAAUGUACCGUCUGUCAACGAGCUUUGGAAAUCAGAAGCCGCUAACGUGAAAGUGCUACUACAGACUUACCUCGAAAAGAAUCUGGACGAUUUAGACGUCAACAGUGCAAAUGAAAAGAUUGUCGUUCUUUACAGUCUUUACAUCAACAAAUUGGUUUUGAUGAGUAAAGUGUACCCGCUAGAGUGUGGUCAUGGAUUUUUAGAACUUUUUUUUAACAAGUUCAUCAAUCGAUUGCCCGAAAUGUUAGCAAAUUUGACCACUACAACAACCGAAAUCGUUGAUUUUAGGCUUAUGACACUAAUUGUCGUAUGGGCACUACAAGCCUGGUUCGAAGUGUUUGAUCGCGAAAAUGGUCCCGUUACGGUGUCGCGAACAACUUUGGACAUGGUCAAAUUUAUCGCAGAGCAGAUAUCUGCUGUCCUGAUUGCACUGCGUGCUAAUGAUGGCGAAAGCUCGCUGCAGCGGUAUCAACUUGAGAAUCACAUGUGCGAGACUCUAGCAGACAUCUUGACUGCCUUCAAGAUGUUCGAAAUCAAAGUAUCAGAUAAACAACCUGAAUGGGGGCUGACCAUAAAAUCCUUUUAUCAGCUUUUGAUUGACUCAGACGUGGAAAACGCUUUUAACGAUGUCUUUCUCUAUUUAGAGAGUCUUGCCGCGCAGCAACAGGAAGUAUCUCUUGAUCAUUUUGAAAGAGAAGAUGUUGAACUGAACGAUAUUAGAGACACAAGCAUACCCGAUCCCUUCCGCCAACUCUGCAUUUUCGUCGUAAAACUAAAGAGUCUUGCAAAAUUGGGGUACAUGAACGAAACCGGCCACGUUAUGAAAAGACUACAUCUUAACAAGCAGCUGUUCGGUGACGUUUACCUUGAGCUUGUCGACGACACUGGCUUCGAAACCAGAGAACAACGACCACUACCGCCUAAAGGAAAUGGUACGCCGCGACAUGAAACAAGUGGAGAACUUGAACCCAUCGAAGAAUACUCCGGAGAAGACGAAGAUAUCGCACUCGAAUUGCCCCCUUUUGAGCCAACAAACCGGGCCGCUAAUGAAAGCUUUAGUUCCGAGAUUUAA